UUCUAUAAUAGAAUCGGGCAUCUUUCGUCCAGCUGCGAUAAGGUAGUCAAGUUAUGUUACGCUCAGUUCAAUUUAAGUGUUGAGGGAUAGUUACGUCUAUCAAGUGUAAUAGUGUAGUAGUGUAAUAGAUACCUAAAUGGAUUCCAGAUUAGAUAUAUUAUUGAUAGGGGCGACAGGGUAUACUGGAAAGAAUGUAGCAUUAAACUUAGGACUGCUAUGUAAACGACCAGAGUUCUCCUUUAUUCGGUGGGGAAUCGCAGGACGCUCACGACAGAAGAUGAAGGAACUGUUAACUGAGUUGCAGAACUUAGGUGUGGAUGUAGCACAAAUUCCCGCGAUAGAAUGUGACAUCCUCAAAGGAGUCAGUCUAGCAGACAUGACGAGCAUGGCUAAAGUCAUCAUGAACGCAACUGGGCCCAAUGUCAUACUUAGUGCCCCCAUAGUCAGUGCCUGCAUACAAACUGGUACACAUUAUAUUGACAUAUCCGCCGAGUUAUAUCACAUGUUAAGUAUAUAUCGGGAUUAUAAUACGGCUGCUGAGCAGAGCAAUGUUCUGGUUAUCCCUGGCUGCGGAUUUGCUUGUGUACCAGUCACUGCUGGACUUAUGUACUUGGAAAAGGAGUUUAAAGGCAAUUUAAACAGUGUGGUGUGUUAUACCGUAAUAGACGUACCCUUAAGAGCAAAUUUCCUUUUUCCUGGAUACAACAAUAGCCUCAUACAUUAUGGAACUUGGGAGUCACUAGUAUUUGAACUUCAGAACUACAAAAAAUACAGCAAAUUGAAGUCAAUAACUUUCCCUGACAUCCCACCAGUACCCGAGGAACUAAAAAAGCCUUUCUUCCACUUCCAAAACGGGCGACUAUGGUACCCCUAUCCUGGGCCCGACCACGAUUUGGUGGAGCAAGCACAAAUACACAAGAGAGCAGACAACAAGCCAUCUUACGAUUUUAAAAUCUACACUACAAUGCCAUUAUUUAUUCACUUCGUCGUAGUAACACCAAUAUUCUUCCUUUACUACAUUCUUUGUAAAAUGGCAUGCUUUAGUAAGUUACUGUUUAAGUUUCCGAGGGUUUUCUCUUUUGGGCUUGCUUCUCACAAAGGGCCCAGCGAUAAAAUGAGGCUUGAUACAAAAUAUUCCUUUACGAUGACUGGUAAAGGGAAAAGUGGGGAAGGCCAGGCGUCAUUGGAGAAUGAUGUCAGUUUAACUAUUAAGGUAUCAGGGAGUGACCCAGGCUAUUACACCACAGCAAUAGUUUUUAUUUGUAGCGCUAUCGAUAUACUGACAGACAGAUCUAACAUGCCAACAGGUGGCGUAAUAAGUCCUCUAGCAGCAUUCAGUAAUACACAUUUAGUAGAAUUAUUACAGAAGAACGAUAUGAAAAUUGAAACUAUCAGAAAUUAGCUACCUACUUACCUCAUAGACGUAGAAUUUCCUAUCUCUAUGACUUACCUGCCUAUGUAAUUUUUGGAUUUAUGUAGCUAUGGUUGAUAUUAGAAAGCUUUACGGGAAAAAAUCAAGUUAAGUUGAUCGUUGUAAAUUAUAUUAUUUGUUUGGGGUACGUACCUACUUAUAUUUAUUUGGUAAUAUUACCUUUAAAGUAAAUAAAAUAAUAAUUAAUAAAA